CAUCGCUCGUUUGUAUCUUCCUUCUUCAGCCAUAUUUUGCAACCAAGAAACGAUAUCCAACGAGCCCCUCCGUGUUUACUUUCGGAAAUCCCGAGAAGCCUCGAUCGAUCUGUUCGAGUGUUUAGCUUUAAAGGGUUUUUCCUUCUUUGCCUGAUGUAACUCUCUGUUGCGUUUUCGUUGGAUUCAUUUUUAGCUCCGAGUGAUGAAACCAAUCUCCAUACCAGAGCUGUUCGAUCCGGUGGCUGGUUUUUGUAUCCCUGAUACGUCUCUGUGGUUUGUAUGGUUCUGAGUUUUUGGAAUUUCCAAUUUCUUAUCGGAAUCUGAGAUUAGUUCAUCAUUUCCUGGUUACAGCUGCCUUGGAUUGAGUAACAACGACGACAUUAGCCUUGUUCUUUUUAACUGUAUCUGAGUCUUUGCAACAAUGUCUGAACUAAAAGAGCGCCUGCUUCCUCCAAGACCUGCUUCAGCUAUGAAUCUCAGAGAUACUGCUGUGUCUCGCCCUUCUCCUUCUGGAAGAAUACCCCUUCCUGGAGUUGAUGUCUUGGGUCUGAAGAAGCGUGGACAAGGACUAAGGUCGUGGAUCCGUGUUGAUACUUCUGGCAAUACACAGGUCAUGGAGGUCGACAAGUUCACUAUGAUGCGUAGAUGUGACUUACCUGCUCGUGAUUUAAGGCUGCUCGACCCCUUAUUCGUGUAUCCAUCAACUAUCCUCGGCCGAGAAAAGGCCAUUGUCGUGAACUUGGAGCAAAUCCGUUGUAUUAUAACCGCAGAUGAAGUUCUGCUCCUGAAUUCCCUUGACAACUACGUGCUGCGUUAUGUUGUUGAGUUGCAGCAGAGACUAAAGACAAGCGGUGCAGUUGAGAUUUGGCAGCAGGAAAAUUCCCAGUUGAGUAGGAGGAGGAGUAGGAGUUUUGACAAUGGUUUUGAGAAUUCAUCAUCCCCUGAUUAUUUACCUUUCGAGUUUAGAGCUCUCGAAAUUGCCCUUGAAGCUGCUUGUACGUUUCUCGAUUCCCAGGCUUCAGAGUUGGAGAUUGAAGCAUACCCAUUAUUAGAUGAGCUUACCUCAAAGAUCAGUACACUCAACUUGGAACGUGUGCGUAGACUAAAGAGCAGACUUGUGGCAUUGACUAGAAGAGUUCAGAAGGUUAGGGAUGAGAUCGAGCAGCUAAUGGAUGAUGAUGGAGAUAUGGCGGAAAUGUAUCUUACAGAGAAGAAGAAGAGAAUGGAAGGAUCUUUGUAUGGUGACCAAUCCUUACUGGGUUACCGAUCAAAUGAUGGUCUAUCUGUUUCUGCGCCUGUCUCACCUGUUUCCUCUCCACCUGACUCUCGAAGGCUCGAGAAAAGCUUGAGUAUUGCCAGGAGCCGGCAUGACAGUGCAAGGAGCUCAGAAGGCGUAACGGAGAACAUAGAAGAGCUAGAGAUGUUGCUUGAAGCUUACUUUGUCGUCAUUGAUAGUACUCUAAACAAAUUGACAUCGUUAAAGGAGUACAUUGAUGAUACUGAAGAUUUCAUCAACAUUCAACUGGAUAAUGUGCGGAAUCAGCUGAUCCAAUUCGAGUUGCUUCUUACGACCGCAACAUUCGUUGUAGCCAUAUUUGGGGUCGUUGCUGGGAUAUUUGGGAUGAAUUUUGAGAUAGAUUUCUUCAAUCAGCCAGGCGCAUUCAGAUGGGUACUUAUAAUCACUGGAAUCUGCGGCUUUGUCAUAUUUUCGGCAUUCGUCUGGUUCUUCAAGUAUAGAAGACUCAUGCCUCUUUGAGAGAAGACAUGAAUGUGCCCUCAGAUAGUAAGACACCAGCUUCUAUUAUAAUGUUGCUUACAUAUAAUUGAUGAUUCGUUUUCUUUUGCACAAUGAAACAAACAUUGUCAAUGCAAAAAUAUGAUAAAAAUCCUCAUCAUUUUA